ACAUACACAGUACUGUCUUCUGCACUGCACAAGUUUCACACACACACACACUUUCUCAUUUUAUUACUGCAUUUGAACUUCUUCUCUCUCUGCACCAUUAUCUCCCUGAAGGUUCUAGACCAUAUACAGAGAAAACCCAGUUGGUGUUUUGAGAUAAUGUUGAGGAAGAGAACCAGGUCAAUCCAGAAAGAUCAACACCAACCUUGCAAGAUGGGAAUUUCUGAGGCCAAUUUUGAAUCAUAUUCUCAGGCUCAUGCUUUGGGGAGCAAUGUCAAGAGCAACUCAAUUUUCAAUGCCCCUCUUCUGUUUGUAGGAAUGGGUCCUAAAGGCUUGUUGGAUUCUGAUUCAGUUAAGAGCCCCACUUCCCCACUAGAUGUUUCAUUCUUUUCAAAUUUAAGUAACCCCUUUAGAACCCUAAGUUCAUUGUCCAACGAGGGGCAACAAAGGAGCUGGGACUGUGCCAAAGUAGGUCUAAGUAUUAUAGAUUCUUUGGAAGAAUGUUCCAAGUUUUCUAGAAAAAUUCUCCAAGCAUCAGAGAGCAAGAAGACUGGUCUCAGUCCUCAAAUGAUUACUAAAGCCCCAAAUUGUAAACCCUAUAUGGAUAUGGAUUAUGCUCAGGCAUCUAAGUCUUUACCCAAAGAUUUUUGCAAGAUCCAUUGUACUCAAAAUGGUUAUAUUUUUCCCAAGGGUGAGUCCACUGUUCUUUUUGAGAUUGGAGAGACCCCACCAGAACAUGAGUCCUUUGAGAAAACUGUGUCUGUUUCAUUGGACUCUUGCAGUACUAUUAGGAAUCUUUCUGGUUUAACUGGUCCCAACUUUGAUUCUGACCCUGAGAAUCUUGCUUUGAAACACAAGUGCUCUCCUCCUCAUUUUAUUGGAGGAAGCCAUAACAAAGUUUUGAUACCUGCUGAAUUAAAUUCAAACCCUGUGGCUGCAGUGUCUUCUAAUGAAUUCAUUGAGUCUCUAUCAGCUAGUGAGAUUGAACUCUCUGAGGAUUACACCUGUGUGAUAUCUCAUGGUCCUAAUCCUAAAACAACACAUAUUUUCUGUGACUGCAUUUUGGAAACUCAUGCAACUGAUGUUGGAAAACCUAACAAGAAUGGAGAGGAUGGAAAGGAAACUUCUCUUUUCAGUGUUAACAGCAUGCAUAUUCCAAACCAUUUUCCUUCUGAAGACUUCUUAAGUUUCUGUCACCAUUGUAACAAGAAGUUGGAAGAGGGGAAAGACAUUUACAUCUAUAGAGGUGAAAAAGCAUUUUGCAGUUUGAACUGCCGCUCAGUAGAGAUCAUGCUUGAUGAGGAGCUAGAAAAAUCUGAUUCAUCACCUGAAAAUUCUCCAGAAGUGAGAAUUUGAGGGAGAACUUUUUUGAAACAAACAUCCCAACAACCACAUAGAGGCUUUCCCAUGAUUCCAAUGCACUCAAUCAUCUGUUCUAAAAGAGCUGUUUCUGUUUGCAUCAAUUGCCAGCCAUGGAUGAUUGUUUUGUACAUCAAUGUGAUUGCUUUUAGUUUUUCAGUUUGAUGGUCUUGGUGGAUCAAGCCUCUCCACAACUACUAGAUUUGGUUUCAUUUAUAACUACAUACAUAUGCUAUGACAUUAUAUGAUAGUUUUGUAGCAUAAUUUUCCAUACAAAAAAGAAAAAAAAAGUCAAGGGAAUAAGCCCAUUUUUCUUGGCCUAACCCUUGUUGAAGUUGCUGAGAUAUCUAUAUUAUGUAAAAGAUCAGUGUAUGACAGUCCAAAUAAGUUUUUGAACUUGAAGACUACAACUAUUGUAGGUCAUAUGAAACUACUUUCUUUGUUUUGGAUUGGUAAUCAUAAAAUUGAUUGAUUUGGUCUUUUAUGCUGUCUUUACUGAUUCUGACAGAAACAACAUCCUUACAUGUACCAGUCUUGAGCAUGAUUUCAUUUAAAUGAUUUGUAACUUGUAAGCAUGGAAUCCUCUGCUCAUGAAUACUGUUUCUUGUUCUGGGAUUUUGAGGAUUUUGAAUAUUUUAUGCUUGAUAUUGUUCUAUUGAGUCAA